AUGGCCUCCCUCAAGAAGUAUUGUUUCCUCUUUGCUUUUGUAUUAGCUAUCAGCAUCUUCUUCAACAAUGGAACUGCCACUGAAGAAGAAGAAGAAACAGAGGCCAUUGAAAACAUACCAUGGCUAACUCUUUCUCUCUCUUCUCUCUUGCCAUCACAGACUUGCACUCCUUUCAAAGGUUUGAAGAAGAAUUCAAGCUUGGAAUUGAUACAAAGACAUGGGCCAUGUAGUGAACUAAAGCAUGGGAAAGCAAAUCCUAAAACUAUUCCAACACACUUUGAUAUCCUAAGUGAAGAUCAAGCAAGGGUGGGUUCAAUUCACUUCAUGCUCUUCGAAAACUUCAGCCAUGGAAACAUGAAGCAAUUGGAUUCUGCAAAUAUACCCGUAAAGCUCGGCCUGCCCUUGAACACCGCUAGCUACAUCGUCACCGUUGGAUUUGGUAGCCCUAAAAGGGACUUGUCGCUCGUUUUUGAUGUUGGAAUAGAAUUCAGUUGGAUUCAAUGCAAGCCAUGCCUUGUGAAGUGUUACAAUCAAAAAGAACCAAUCUUUGAUCCCUCUAAGUCCUCUACUUAUUCUCAGAUCAAGUGUGGAAUUAAUAUCUGCAGUCAGAUUCUUUCCACUGCAAAAUAUCAAGAAUGUCCUGGUUCCACACAAACAUGCAUUUAUAAGUCUGCAUACUCCGGCACUUCUUUCUCCGCCGGUUUUAUGAGCAAAGAAACGCUCACCAUCGGUGCCGGCAACACCUUUAAAGACUUCUUGUUUGGUUGUGGCCAAAACAACCAAGUGACUAAACUUGGCGGUGCCGCCGGCAUACUUGGCCUAGGUCGCCACCCGAUCUCCUUCGUCCAACAAACAGCCAAUUCUUAUAAUAAAGUCUUCUCCUAUUGUCUCCCUCCUUCCACUAGCUCCGUAGGCCACCUCACCUUUGGCAGUGCCGGAGUUUCCAAGAAUGUCCGAUACACUCCAAUCACCACCAUCCCCAACCUCCCUACACUCCACGGUAUAAGCAUCACCGGAAUGAUAGUUGGUGGAAUACCAUUGUCAUCAGUUACUCCUAAAUUGUCAUCAUCCAGAGCAGUCAUCGACGUCAACGCGUUGAUCACGAGGCUUCCGCCAUCAGUUUAUGCCGUCCUGAGAUCGCAGUUUCGGCGAAUGAUGUCGAUGUAUCCGAUGGCAAGCCCGUUCGUGGUACUUGACACGUGUUAUGAUGUGAGCAGGCAUCAGAAGAUAGCGAUUCCAAAGAUAAGCUUGGUACUUGGUGGUGGGGUUAAGAUAGACUUGGAUGCGAGUGGGGUUGUUCUUGGUUCGGGUCCCAAACAGUUGUGUUUGGCCUUUGCCGCAAAUGCGAGAGAAGAUGAUAUUGUUAUUUUGGGAAGUGUACAGCAGAAGACGAUCGAGGUGGUGUAUGAUCUUAAUGCAGGAAAGCUUGGAUUUGGGCCUCCUGGUAGCUGCUAG